CGCACCGGGCCCCGGGCUGUCUCACAGCAGCCUCCCCCAGCUCCAUGAAUGGAAAUCGGCCCCGCAGGACCCGUUGGGGCACAGCCCCUGCUCAUGGUGCCAAGACGUCCUGGCUAUGGCACCAUGGGCAAACCCAUUAAACUGCUGGCCAAUUGCUUCCAAGUUGAAAUCCCAAAGAUUGACGUCUACCUCUAUGAGGUGGAUAUUAAACCAGAUAAGUGUCCUCGGAGGGUGAACAGGGAGGUGGUGGAUUCAAUGGUUCAGCAUUUUAAAGUAACAAUAUUUGGGGACCGCAGACCAGUUUAUGAUGGGAAAAGAAGCCUUUAUACAGCUAAUCCACUCCCUGUAGCAACUACUGGGGUGGAUUUAGACGUAACAUUGCCAGGAGAAGGUGGAAAAGAUCGCCCCUUCAAGGUGUCAAUAAAAUUUGUAUCUCGAGUGAGUUGGCACCUGCUCCAUGAAGUUCUGACAGGAAGGACCUUGCCCGAGCCUCUGGAACUAGACAAGCCAAUCAGCACGAACCCUGUUCAUGCCGUUGAUGUGGUGCUACGACAUCUUCCCUCCAUGAAAUAUACUCCUGUGGGUCGCUCCUUUUUCUCCGCUCCAGAAGGAUAUGAUCACCCUCUGGGAGGAGGCAGAGAGGUAUGGUUUGGAUUCCAUCAGUCUGUUCGGCCUGCCAUGUGGAAAAUGAUGCUUAAUAUUGAUGUUUCUGCCACUGCCUUCUACAAAGCACAACCUGUAAUUCAGUUCAUGUGUGAAGUUCUCGACAUUCAUAAUAUUGAUGAACAACCAAGACCUCUGACUGAUUCUCAUCGGGUAAAAUUCACCAAAGAGAUAAAGGGUCUAAAGGUUGAAGUGACUCAUUGUGGAACAAUGAGACGGAAAUAUCGUGUUUGUAAUGUAACAAGGAGACCCGCCAGUCAUCAAACCUUCCCUUUACAGUUAGAAAAUGGCCAGACUGUAGAGAGAACAGUAGCACAGUAUUUCAGAGAGAAGUACAACCUCCAGCUGAAAUAUCCUCAUCUUCCCUGUCUACAAGUGGGACAGGAGCAGAAACACACCUACCUGCCUCUAGAAGUGUGUAAUAUUGUGGCAGGUCAGCGAUGUAUCAAGAAGCUAACAGACAAUCAGACAUCCACGAUGAUCAAGGCAACAGCAAGAUCUGCCCCAGAUAGACAAGAGGAAAUUAGCAGAUUGGUAAGAAGUGCAAAUUACGAUGCAGACCCUUUUGUUCAGGAGUUUCAGUUUAAGGUUCGGGAUGAAAUGGCUCAUGUGACAGGACGUGUACUUCCAGCUCCCAUGCUGCAGUAUGGAGGGCGGAAUCGAACAGUAGCCACCCCAAGCCAUGGAGUAUGGGAUAUGCGAGGAAAGCAAUUCCACACUGGAGUGGAAAUCAAGAUGUGGGCUAUUGCGUGUUUUGCCACCCAGAGGCAGUGCCGAGAAGAAAUACUGAAGGGUUUCACGGACCAGCUGCGCAAGAUCUCCAAGGACGCGGGGAUGCCCAUCCAGGGCCAGCCGUGCUUCUGCAAAUACGCCCAGGGCGCCGACAGCGUGGAGCCCAUGUUCCGCCAUCUAAAGAACACCUAUUCGGGCCUCCAGCUCAUCAUUGUCAUCCUUCCGGGGAAAACCCCCGUCUACGCGGAGGUGAAACGCGUAGGAGACACACUGUUGGGGAUGGCGACUCAAUGUGUUCAAGUGAAGAACGUAAUAAAGACGUCUCCUCAAACCCUCUCAAACCUGUGCCUAAAGAUUAAUGUUAAAUUAGGGGGAAUCAAUAAUAUCCUUGUACCUCAUCAAAGACCGUCUGUGUUCCAGCAACCAGUGAUCUUUUUGGGAGCAGAUGUCACUCAUCCACCCGCUGGGGAUGGAAAGAAGCCUUCUAUUGCUGCUGUUGUAGGUAGUAUGGAUGCCCAUCCAAGCAGAUACUGUGCCACAGUAAGGGUCCAGAGACCCCGGCAGGAGAUCAUCCAGGAUCUGGCCUCCAUGGUUCGCGAACUCCUCAUCCAGUUCUAUAAAUCGACAAGGUUCAAACCCACACGGAUCAUCUUCUAUCGGGAUGGCGUUUCCGAAGGGCAGUUCCGGCAGGUACUGUAUUAUGAACUGCUGGCAAUUCGGGAGGCCUGCAUCAGUUUGGAGAAAGACUACCAACCCGGAAUAACUUAUAUAGUGGUGCAGAAACGACAUCACACUCGACUCUUUUGUGCCGACCGAACCGAAAGGGUGGGAAGGAGCGGCAAUAUCCCAGCUGGAACCACAGUAGAUACAGACAUUACGCACCCCUACGAGUUUGAUUUUUACCUCUGUAGCCAUGCUGGAAUACAGGGUACCAGCCGACCCUCGCACUAUCACGUUUUGUGGGAUGAUAACUGCUUUACAGCUGAUGAACUUCAGCUGCUGACCUACCAGCUCUGCCACACGUAUGUGCGCUGCACACGAUCUGUUUCUAUACCCGCACCAGCGUAUUACGCUCACCUAGUAGCAUUCAGAGCAAGGUACCAUCUUGUGGACAAAGAGCAUGACAGUGCUGAAGGAAGUCACGUUUCAGGACAGAGUAAUGGGCGAGACCCACAAGCUCUUGCCAAGGCCGUACAGAUUCACCAAGACACCUUACGCACGAUGUACUUCGCUUAAAAAAAAAAAAAAGCCUGAAUACACUUAAGGAAGAACUGAAAAACAAAUCCACAUACAACGUAUGUUUCCAGUGGGGUCAGUUUAGGGGGCAUGCCUCCAGCCAUGCAGAAUCCAACACUGUGCGGAGGCCAGGGGCUUAUCCUAAAUUGAUACAAGGAAGAUUGUUUACUUCAUCGAGGAACACAGCACUAUUAUGCAAUAUGAAACCAGCCAACUGCUUUUUUGUGCGGUCUCCUGUAGGAAGUAUCGCAGUCAUUUUAUUUGAUUAUUUUUAUUUCUUGUAGUUGAACCCUUUUAAUGCCUUUACCUCAAGUUGCUUGGCAGCACAACUAUCUUUGCAAAAAAAAAAAAAAGUAAAUUUAAAGAUGGUUUAAAAAAAAAAAACACAACACCUAUAGGAACAAUCGACGAUUGUUGGUAAAAAGUGUGCAAAAAAGUGCGCGGAUGAGUGUACCUGUUGUAUAAAAUGUGCAUGUAUAUAUUCCGAAAUAUACACAUGCAUACUUUAUGUACCUGAGUAUAUAUCUGUAUCUAAAGAGAUAAUAGAUAUAUACCUGUCUGUGUAUAUAUAUUUUUAUAACCCACUCCAUUAGAGAAUUAUCUCUUUAUUUUGCUCACUCUCCCGCUGGCUUGCCUCUUCUCUCCUUUUCUCUCUCUCUUAAUUUCCCUCACUCGUUUUCUUCUUCCCUUUGUUGCCUUUUUCACUUCCAGAUGCUAUCAGUGAUAUUCAAAUGUUCACAUAUCCCGUGCAUUUGAAUGUGCAGCAUGGCUAACUACAUUUCUUUUGCACUCCCUACUCCAUUGGGUUAGCCAACCACUGUUUUCGUAUCUUUCUACACCGCUUGGAGCCCUCAACUCUAGAAAUUGCUCUUUUAGAGGGGAUAAAAGUGAUUUUUAUAUCUAUUUCCAUAUAUGAUUCUGUGAGUGUGUAUAUCUGUAUACAUAUAUAUGUAUAUGUAUAUAUAUAUAUAAAUUUACAUUUGCCAGUGAUGCAAAGUAGGCAUAUAAGCAGUAGCAAUUGAAACUGUCCUUUCUCAUUAGUAAAUUUACUAAAGCUGCUGUUUUACCGUGUCAGAAUUUGAAACGGUUUCUGUCUGACAAAUGGUAUUUGGGAGCUUCUUGUAAGAACACAUUUUUUGUGUGCGUUUGUGAGUUUCACAUGAAAAUCUUUGGAAGCAUUUUCCGAGCAAGUAUUUAAAACAUUCAGAACUCUAGAGUUGAGAUCUCCAAAAUGGGGAGGUUUUUGGGUUUGGGUUUUUUUUUGUUUUUUUGUUUGGUUUUUUUUGCUAGUUUACUUGCUGCCGCUCACCUUAAUGUGAUUUUCAUAUAUAUUUUUAUAUAUAUGUGUGUGUGUAUAUACAAAUAUAUAUGUCUGUUUUGAAGUUUAGCUUCCUUUUCUUUUAUAUUUAUUAGAGUAAUAAUAAUGCUUUAAUUUAAUAAUUACAGACCAUGUUGGCAACAUCUUUUUGUUUUUAGAAAGGUAACCAUGUUUAUUUUAAGGACUGACAACUUGUUUUUGCUAUCUUUUAGUGCAAUAAGCCGUUCUAAAGGAGAGCUGUGUCCGUUUAGCUGAACAGAAGCAGCACCUGUCCCACUGGCAGUGGGAGAACGGGCACCUCUAUGGUUUUAAGAGACCAAGUCAAAAAAAAAAAAAAAAAAAGCCUUAAUUUCAAAAGGAAAGUUUUGUAAUCCACAAGGGGUCUAGAGGAUGUUCCUCUUUUAAAUCAAGAUGGCAGCGAAAGGUAAUGGAAUUGUCUGAGCUGCCCUGCUUUGAGCUUUAAGAUUAGAAAUGAGGCGAUGCUUCGGGCUAACAGAGGACCGUGAGCAUUUCUGGUUUCGAAGACGCUGAACUUGUCUGAAGAUGGGAAACUCUUAGGGCGGAAUUGGGUUUCCAGGUGCCCGUUUUCAUUUAGCCGAAAGGAAUGGUGACAGCGUCUUAGCGAGGCGAUCGUUUCCAAAGCGUAUUUUGCUUAUUUAUUGUGCCACUUUCCUUUUAAAAUUAAGGUGUCGGUAACUUAAACCCUUCAUUUCACUUUACGGAAUGCAUAGGAAGUGAGGGCUGGGAUAUUAAACAAGUUAAAUCACUGAAAUGUGAAAAUAAAAAGAAAAGUAAUGAACCUUAGUACAUUCAUUCCACUUUAAAAUGAACAGAGUACUUUAGAGCUGUCAGAGCGGAGCAUUUAUUCAGUAAUAACAGGGAGUCAGGGGAGCCUUGCACUUUGUAACUCAUGAAAACUGCAUUUUUGACUGUUUUAUUUGCACUGGUUCAAAGUCUGCUGCAGAUUGUCGAUCAUGGGCAUUGCUGUUAUCCCAGUCCUUAUGAAUCCCACCCGUUCUCCACAUGAAAACCGAUGGGUUUAGCCGUUUUGUCUCUCUUCUCAUUUCCACAAAAUCCACUAUAUUUGCCAAUUUACUGUAUUUUGAGCUUAAAAUCUGAGCCCGUUUUGCUCCAACAGGUGUAAAAUCCUUUGGCCCUCUUUUCUGCCGGAGAACCAAGAAAGUACUGUAUUUGUGCAUUUGUAUAUUGUAAGAAAUAUAUGUAGUGCUCUUCACAACACUGUGUCAAAGCGCUUCACGGAACAGGUGGUGUAUAUACAUUAUAUACCUAUAUAUUUUUCUCCCAUUUUCCCAGAAAAAUAUAUACGGCAAAUAAAUUGGUUUUUAUUUUCUCUU